AUGUCGCUGGAAAGCCUUGCCCAGAUGACUCGCCUUUAUCCCGUUCAAUCACCUACUUCCUCCCGGACUGAGUAUACAAAGAACCUCAUAAUGCGCGAUGGUCAUGUCCACGAGGUUGGAGUGUACAAACCACAAAGCUUGGCCCCGGGGCCUCUUGUCGUUCUAAUCCAUGGAGGAGGCUUUUGCCUUGGACAUUACUCUCACAUUAGUUUCUAUUCUAGGGCGCUUGCUGCCCUGUACGGUGUGACCGUGGUCAAUAUCGCGUAUCGUUUGGCCCCGGAGUUUCCCUUCCCUACUGCGCCACAAGAUGUUUGGGAUUCCCUUGUAGCCUUGACGAGCUCAAACAUGGCCGAUGAGCUGGGCCUAGACUUAUCUAAAGGAUUCUUCAUUGGUGGGACCUCUGCUGGUGCAAGCCUCGCCGCCGUUGCGGUUCAGCAGUGGGUUUCCCAAGAACUGUCACCACCAAUCCUCGGAGUUUGGCUCAAUAUUCCAAUGAUCUUCGACGCUGCCAUUGUACCUGGAGAGCACAAAGCUCUCUGGUUUUCCAGGAAACAAAACGCCGACGCCAUGGUCAUCAACUCCAAGUCUCGGGAAUAUGUCUACAAGGUCUACAAGCCUGACAUCCGAUCGCCCGAAUUUUCGCCCUUCAACUCCCCUAAUCCUCAUACGGGCCUUCCCCCAGUUUAUAUCCAAGUCUGCGGCCAGGACCCCCUACGAGACGAUGGUUUAGUCUACGAAAGAGUACUAAGGGAACACGGUGUGAAAACUCGACUGGACGCGUAUCCCGGCGUGCCCCAUGGCGCAGCCAACCUUUUCCCGACCUUAUCCAGCUCUAAAAAACAUCAAGUGGAUGUUCUUCAGGGUUUUGGGUGGUUGUUCGGCAAGGAGAUGCGAGAUGAAGAAUGUCAAGCCGCAAUGAAGGCGAGUUGGGAAGAUUGA